AUGCAGACUGGCACCCAGAUGACCAAACUGAAAGGGAAGAAAAAGGGUCUAGCCAGGUUCUUCUACCUGGAUGAACACAAGUCCUGCAUCUGCUGGAGGCCCUCCAGGAAGCACGAUAAGGCUAAAAGUGAGACACACAAGGAAUGUUUCAGAUAGGGUUUCAGACUAGUACUUUGAGGAAUACUCUUGUAUUUCCACUUUGUCUACAUUCAACUGUUUACCAGUCCUAUUCCAUUUGAUAUUCGAACACAAUGUGCAAAUGACAAUACUGCAUGUGUAUUAGCUACCACCUAAUUACUCAUAUAGACUAGACUAGUAUGAUAUGUUACAUAUGGUAUGGUUACAUAAGACAGAAGGUUAGUUAAGGCAGAAAUUAAAGGAGGGUGUGUUGGUUGGGGUGGAUGGGUAUGCGUAUAUUACGGGUUGCGUGUUCGAAUCUCAUCACUGACAACUUUAGCAUUUUAGAUAAUUAGCAACUAUGCAACUACUUACUACUUUUUAGCUACUUUGCAACCCUUUCCCGAACCCUAACCUUAACCGUUUAACCUAAAUCCUGACCUUAACCUUAACCCUAACCUUAACCCCUGACCCUAACCCCUAGCCUCGCUAACGUUAGCCACCUAGUUAAUGUUAGUGUUAGCCACCUAGCUAACGUUAGCACAACAAAUUGGAAUUCGCAAUAUAUCAUACCUAUUGCAAAUUCGUAACAUAUUGUACGAAUUGAAAUUUGUAGCAUAUCCUAUGAGUUGUAAUUCAUAACAUAUCAUACGAAAUGGAUGAAGGACAUCCACAAAUUAAUACGUACCAUACCAAAUGUAAUUUGAGUGUCCCAGAUUUUUGUUUACUAUGUUACAUCUAUCCCUGAGUCCGGGUUGAUGAAAUACAGUGGGGGAAAAAAGUAUUUAGUCAGCCACCAAUUGUGCAAGUUCUCCCACUUAAAAAGAUGAGAGAGGCCUGUAAUUUUCAUCAUAGGUACACGUCAACUAUGACAGACAAAAUGAGGAAAAAAAUCCAGAAAAUCACAGUGUAGGAUUUUUAAUGAAUUUAUUUGCAAAUUAUGGUGGAAAAUAAGUAUUUGGUCAAUAACAAAAGUUUCUCAAUACUUUGUUAUAUACCCUUUGUUGGCAAUGACACAGGUCAAACGUUUUCUGUAAGUCUUCACAAGGUUUUCACACACUGUUGCUGGUAUUUUGGCCCAUUCCUCCAUGCAGAUCUCCUCUAGAGCAGUGAUGUUUUGGGGCUGUCGCUGGGCAACACGGACUUUCAACUCCCUCCAAAGAUUUUCUAUGGGGUUGAGAUCUGGAGACUGGCUAGGCCACUCCAGGACCUUGAAAUGAUUCUUACGAAGCCACUCCUUUGUUGCCCGGGCGGUGUGUUUGGGAUCAUUGUCAUGCUGAAAGACCCAGCCACGUUUCAUCUUCAAUGCCCUUGCUGAUGGAAGGAGGUUUUCACUCAAAAUCUCACGAUACAUGGCCCCAUUCAUUCUUUCCUUUACACGGAUCAGUCGUCCUGGUCCCUUUGCAGAAAAACAGCCCCAAAGCAUGAUGUUUCCACCCCCAUGCUUCACAGUAGGUAUGGUGUUCUUUGGAUGCAACUCAGCAUUCUUUGUCCUCCAAACACGACGAGUUGAGUUUUUACCAAAAAGUUAUAUUUUGGUUUCAUCUGACCAUAUGACAUUCUCCCAAUCCUCUUCUGGAUCAUCCAAAUGCACUCUAGCAAACUUCAGACAGGCCUGGACAUGUACUGGCUUAAGCAGGGGGACACGUCUGGCACUGCAGGAUUUGAGUUCCCUGGCGGCGUAGUGUGUUACUGAUGGUAGGCUUUGUUACUUUGGUCCCAGCUCUCUGCAGGUCAUUCACUAGGUCCCCCCGUGUGGUUCUGGGAUUUUUGCUCACCGUUCUUGUGAUCAUUUUGCCCCCACGGGGUAAGAUCUUGCGUGGAGCCCCAGAUCGAGGGAGAUUAUCAGUGGUCUUGUAUGUCUUCCAUUUCCUAAUAAUUGCUCCCACAGUUGAUUUCUUCAAACCAAGCUGCUUACCUAUUGCAGAUUCAGUCUUCCCAGCCUGGUGCAGGUCUACAAUUUUGUUUUUGGUGUCCUUUGACAGCUCUUUGGUCUUGGCCAUAGUGGAGUUUGGGGUGUGACUGUUUGAGGUUGUGGACAGGUGUCUUUUAUACUGAUAACAAGUUCAAACAGGUGCCAUUAAUACAGGUAACGAGUGGAGGACAGAGGAGCCUCUUAAAGAAGAAGUUACAGGUCUGUGAGAGCCAGAAAUCUUGCUUGUUUGUAGGUGACCAAAUACUUAUUUUCCACCAUAAUUUGCAAAUAAAUUCAUAAAAAAUCCUACAAUGUGAAUUUCUGGAGAGAAAAAAUCUCAAUUUGUCUGUCAUAGUUGACGUGUACCUAUGAUGAAAAUUACAGGCCUCUCUCAUCUUUUUAAGUGGGAGAACUUGCACAAUUGGUGGCUGACUAAAUACUUUUUUUCCCCCACUGUAGGUUUUACAGCUAAUUUACUGCUGGAUUAUUUUUUAUUAUUUUAUUUACCUUUAUUUAACCAGCUAAGUCAUUGAGAACACAUUCUAUUUUACAAUAACGACCUGGAUUUAAUUCCCAUUCAUUUUAAUGUUGUUUCUCCCCACUCCCAAGUAACCAUUGACUCCAUCCAUGAGGUGUGUGACAGGAAGAGGUCUGAGAUCUUCCAGCGCUUUGCCGACAGCCGCUUUGACCCCAACUGCUGCUUCAGUAUUUACCAUGGCGACCACGUGGAGUCUCUUGACCUGGUCUCCGCUAACGGAGAUGAGGCCCACACCUGGAUUACUGGCCUGAAAUACGUCAAGGCUGGCAUCAGUGACGAGGACAGUCUGGCGAAGAGACAACGCAAAAGGGACCAAUAUCCUUUACUCUGUCACUGUGGAGCAUGUCACUCAUAGGGCACCUGUGGCCUCAUGACCGAUUGGUGAAUAUAGACUAUGGACCCGCCUAAAAGAGCAUAUAACACACCCAUUUGACUAAUAGAAUAGGACCUGAAUAUCAUCAGCCUGUGGGUAUUUGAUUAGAUUAGGAUAGGAUCAUUUUUAACGUUUGUGUAAAAUCAUGAGUAGCAACACAUGUAAUUCCAGGGAUGUCAUGUCACAUAGGAUGCAUUUUGAUACAGUGAGGGGGAAAAGUAUUUGAUCCCCUGCUGAUUUUGUACGUUUGCCCACUGACAAAGACAUGAUCAGUCUAUAAUUUUAAUGGUAGGUUUAUUUGAACAGUGAGAGACAGAAUAACAACAAAACAAUCCAGAAAAACGCAUGUCAAAUAUGUUAUAAAUUGAUUUACAUUUUAAUGAGGGAAAUAAGUAUUUGACCCCUCUGCAAAACAUGACUUAGUACUUGGUGGCAAAACCCUUGUUGGCAAUCACAGAGGUCAGACGUUUCUUGUAGUUGGCCACCAGGUUUGCACACAUCUCAGGAGGGAUUUUGUCCCACUCCUCUUUGCAGAUCUUCUCCAAGUCAUUAAGGUUUCGAGGCCGACGUUUGGCAACUCGAACCUUCAGCUCCCUCCACAGAUUUUCUAUGGCAUUAAGGUCUGGAGACUGGCUAGGCCACUCCAGGACCUUAAUGUGCUUCUUCUUGAGCCACUCCUUUGUUGCCUUGGCCGUGUGUUUUGGGUCAUUGUCAUGCUGGAAUACCCAUCCACGACCCAUUUUCAAUGCCCUGGCUGAGGGAAGGAGGUUCUCACCCAAGAUUUGACGGUACAUGGCCCCGUCCAUCGUCCCUUUGAUGCGGGGAAGUUGUCCUGUCCCCUUAGCAGAAAAACACCCCCAAAGCAUAAUGUUUCCACCUCCAUGUUUGACGGUGGGGAUGGUGUUCUUGGGGUUAUAGGCAGCAUUCCUCCUCCUCCAAACACGGCGAGUUGAGUUGAUGCCAAAGAGCUCGAUUUUGGUCUCAUCUGACCACAACACUUUCACCCAGUUCUCCUCUGAAUAAUUCAGAUGUUCAUUGGCAAACUUCAGACGGGCCUGUAUAUGUGCUUUCUUGACCUUGAGUGGGCGCUGCAGGAUUUCAGUCCUUCAUGGCGAAGUGUGCUACCAAUUGUUUUCUUGGUGACUAUGGUCCCGCUGCCUUGAGAUCAUUGACAAGAUCCUCCCGUGUAGUUCUGGGCUGAUUCCUCACCGUUCUCAUGAUCAUUGCAACUCCACGAGGUGAGAUCUUGCAUGGAGCCCCAGGCCGGGAGAUUGACAGUUCUUUUGUGUUUCUUCCAUUUGCGAAUAAUUGUUGUCACCAAUUGUUGUCACCUUCUCACCAAGCUGCUUGGCGAUGGACUUGUAGCCCAUUCCAGCCUUGUGUAGGUCUACAAUCUUGUCCCUGACAUCCUUGGAGAGCUCUUUGGUCUUGGCCAUGGUGGAGAGUUUGGAAUCUGAUUGAUUGAUUGCUUCUGUGGACAGGUGUCUUUUAUACAGCUAACAAGCUGAGAUUAGGAGCACUCCCUUUAAGAGUGUGCUCCUAAUCUCAGCUCGUUACCUGUAUAAAAGACACCUGGGAUCCAGAAAUCUUUCUGAUUGAGAGGGGGUCAAAUACUUAUUUCCCUCAUAAAAAUGCAAAUCAAUAUAUAACAUUUUCGACAUGCGUUUUUCUGGAUUUUUUUGAUGUUAUUCUGUCUCUCACUGUUCAAAUACACCUACCAUUAAAAUUAUAGACUGAUCAUUUCUUUGUCAGUGGGCAAACGCACAAAAUCAGCAGGGGAUCAAAUACUUUUUUUCCCUCACUGUACACACUAAAAGUAAUGUCUUUAUGUAAUUGGUCACUGGUCUCCGUGUCUCAUCCUUAACUCUUAUUCCAUAUGAUUACAGCAGACCUUCUCAGAGGCAGACCAAAACGGGGACGGUAAUGGAGAGGUUCUUCAGCAGCUCCACAAACUCAACGUGAACCUGCCCAGGCAGAAAGUCAGAGAGAUGUUUAAAGUAAGAUCAUUUUCAGAUGAUCCAAGAUCUGGAGUUGAACUCACGAGAACAUUUUCAUGUUCUUACAUUUACAUUUACACCAUUUAGCAGACACUCUUAUCCAGAGCAACUUACAAAUUGGUGCAUUCAACUUAUGAUAGCAAGUGGGACAACCACUUUUUUUCUUCUUUUUUUAUGGGGAGGGUGGGGAGGGGGGGGGGGGGGGGUAGAAGGAUGACUAUAUACUAUUCCAGGUAUUCUUUAAAGAGGUAGGGUUUCAAGUGUCUCCAGAAGGUGGUCAGUGACUCCGCUGUCCUGGCGUCGUGGGGGAGCUUGUUCCACCAUUGGGGUGCCAGAGCAGCAAAUAGCUUUUACUGGGCUGAGCGGGAACUGUGCUUCUGUAGAGGUAGGGGAGCUAGCAGGCCAGAGGUGGAUGAACGUAGUGCCCUCGUUUGGGUGUAGGAUCAGAGCCUGAAGGUAAGGAGGUGCCAUUCCCCUCACAGCUCCGUAGGCAAGCACCAUGGUCUUGUAGUAGAUGCGAACCUCAACUGGAAGCCAGUGGAGUGUGCGGAAGAGCGGGGUGACAUGAGAGAACUUGGGAAGGUCGAACACCAGAUGGGCUGCAACGUUCUGGAUAAGUUGUAGGGGUUUAAUGGCAAAGGCAGGGAGCCCAGCCAACCUGUCAGGUAGGACGCAAUCCAAGAGUGAGCAGCGCCGGAGAUGCCCAACUCGGAGAGGGUGGAGAGGAGGAUCUGAUGGUUCACAGUAUCAAAGGCAGCGGAUAGGUCUAGAAGGAUAAGAGCAGAGGAGAGAGAGUUAGCUUUAGAAGUGCGGAGAGCCUCCGUGACACAGAGAAGAGCAGUCUCAGUUGAAUGACCAGUCUUGAAACCUGACUGGUUUGGAUCAAGAAGGUGAUUCUGAGAGAGAUAGCAGGAGAGUUGGCUAGAGACGCCACACUCAAGAAUUUUGGAGAGAAAAGAAAGAAGGGAUACUGGUCUGUAGUUGUUGACAUCGGAGGGAUCGAGUGUAGGUUUUUUGAGGAGGGGUGCAACUCUCGCUCUCUUGAAGACGGAAGGGACAUGGCCAGCGGUCAAGGAUGAGUUGAUGAGCGAGGUGAGGUAAGGGAGAAGGUCUCCGGAAAUGGUCUGGAGAAGAGAGUAGGGGAUAGGGUCAAGCGGGCAGGUUGUUGGGCGGCCGGCCGUCACAAGUCGCAAGAUUUCAUCUGGAGAGAGAGGGGAGAAAGAAGUCAAAGCAUAGGGUAGGGCAGUGUGAGCAGGACCAGCGGUGUCAUUUGACUUAAUAAAUGAGGAUCGGAUGUCAUCCACAGAGAGGGAGGAGGGAGGGGGAGGAGGAGGAGGAUUCAGCAGGGAGGAGAAGGUGGCAAAGAGCUUCCUAGGGUUAGAGGCAGAGGCUUAACAUUUAGAGUGGUAGAAAGUGGCUUUAGCAGCGGAAACAGAGGAAGAGAAUGUAGAGAGGAGGGAGUGAAAAGAUGACAGGUCCGCAGGGAGUUUAGUUUUCCUCCAUUUCCGCUCGGCUGCCCGGAGCCCUCUUCUGUGAGCUCGCAAUGAGUCGUCAAGCCACGGAGCAGGAGGGGAGGACCGAGCCGGCCGGGAGGAUAGGGGACAUAGAGAGUCAAAAGAUGCAGAAAGGGAGGAGAGGAGGGUUGAGGAGGCAGAAUCAGGAGACCGGAGGGAGAAGGAUUUAGCAGAGGGAAGAGAUGAUAGGAUGGAAGAGGAGAGAGUAGUGGGAGAGAGAGAGCGAAGGUUGCGACGGCACAUUACCAUCUGAGUAGGGGCAGAGUGAGUAGUGUUGGAGGAGAGCGAGAGAGAAAAGGAUACAAAGUAGUGGUCGGAGACAUGGAGGGGAGUUGCAGUGAGAUUAGUAGAAGAACAGCAUCUAGUAAAGAUGAGGUCAAGCGUAUUGCCUGCCUUGUGAGUAGGGGGAGACGGUGAGAGGGUGAGGUCAAAAGAGGAAAGGAGUGGAAAGAAGGAGGCAGAGAGAAAUUAGUCAAAGGCAGACGUAGGGAGGUUAAAGUCACCCAGAACUGUGAGGGGUGAGCCAUCCUCAGGAAAGGAACUUAUCAAGGCGUCAAGCUCAUUGAUGAACUCUUCAAGGUAACCUGGAGGGCGAUAAAUGACAAGGAUGUUAAGCUUGAAUGGGCUAGUGACUGUGACAGCAUGGAAUUCAAUGAGGAGAUAGACAGAUGGGUCAGGGGAAAAAUAGAGAAUGUCCACUUGGGAGAGAUGAGGAUUCCUGUGCCACCGCCGCGCUGACCAGAUGCUCUCGGGGUAUGCUAGAACACAUGGUUAGACGAGGAAAGAGCAGUAGGAGUAGCAGUGUUUUCUGUGAUAUUCCAUGUUUCCGUCAGCGCCAAGAAGUCGAGGGACUGGAGGGUAGCAUAGGCUGAGAUGAACUCUGCCUUGUUGGCCGCAGAACGGCAGUUCCAGAGGCUGCCAGAGACCUGGAACUCCACGUGGGUCGUGCGCGCAGGGACCACCAGAUUAGAGUGGCAACAGCCACGUGGUGUGAAGCGUUUGUAUGGCCUGUGCAGAGAGGAGAGAACAGGGAUAGACAGACACAUAGUUGACAGGCUACAGAGAAAGGCUACAAUAAUGUAAAGGAGAUCUGAAUGAAAUGAACUAAACAUCUGGGAAAGCGAGAGAGGGGGGCCUCCUUCACUUACGUUUCACUGAAACACUCAAAUAUAACUCUCCCAACUUCCACUUUAGAAAUUAUAAUUGUUGUAAACUACAGCAGUUCAAUGUUUCUAGGAAUAGACUCUAACUUAGUUUAUUCAGCUAGCUAACUUGGUACACCGAAUCCUAUGACGCCAAAGCCAACUAGCAUGCCAGCCUCCAAUAACACGGUUUAGCACCAAUACUCGGUUACAACAAACCACCAGUGUGUCAACACGCCAAGCAGAUCAUUCGUGUCCGUGUCUAACGGUUUGAGUGAGUACGCAGUCAACUUAUUAUUCUUGUAUCUCAAUGUUUCUCAUGUUUCUCAUUACAUCUUAAAAUACAAUAACAAGAAAUUGUCAUAUUUUACAAUACAGUAGUUUUACAGAAGGUCAUUAUAUUUAUCAUGUGGAUAAACAUAUAUAAAACAAAACCAAGCAUCAAUUAUAAACUAGUUUGGAAGAGCUUGCAUUUCAGGUUUCCUUCCAUGGUUUGUCACACAAUGUACCGUGUCGUUUAUAGCUAUCCCAUAGUUCUGUCUGAAAGAGAAGAGGGCUUAACCACCAGCGGUUCCCCACCAAAUCACUGUCAUAACUCUUGAGAACCACCAUUUUAGAGUCACCUAAUUUCUUUAUAUAAAAUAUCCUGGCUGGUAAAUUUAGAGUCAGUUUUCACAGUGAAUCUAACAGAUUGAAGGCAUAUUAUUAUUAUUAUUAUUAUUAUUAUUAUUAUUAUAAACAAUUUGCAUUGUGAAAAGUAAUGCAAAAUUGCUUAUGAUACCAUUUAUACUCCCAACUGUAAUAUUAUAUUUUAAAGAAAAGCAUUAUUUAAAAUAUUAUAAAAUACAAUAACAACUAAAAAUGACUGAUACCCCCGCCGGAACACAGGUUGGGAACCGCUGCCCUAGGCUACUGUAAAAGUCAGCAACAGGGUUUUACUGUGACAAGACUCUUCCAAAUGGGUUUUAUGGGUCAAAGAUCAUGGCCUGACAACUUGAUCUCCAAUCCUAGCUUGGAGCCAGUAUGAUGGAUGUGUUGUCGUGUGUCAGGGUUUCCUAGCCGUAACUUGAGAGAGCGCAGGUUGGUUGCUGUACAGGAGGAGCAUGCUAGAGGAAGACCAGGGCAUAUGGCCACCGCUGAACAGAACAGAUGGCUGUGGAUGUAAAAAUGUAUGUGUUCAGCACUAUGCUCCAGUAAUCAAUGCUGAGGCACUUUGUUUGCAGUGGGUUCCAUUGCAUUACCUGUCUUCUGUCUAUCUUAACUCCUCAUGUCAAACACAGUUUUGUUUCGUGCUCCAGGCUGGCUGUCGCUGUGUGGAAGGUGAGCUUAGACACUAUCCUGACCCUUUAACUGCCUCCCUACCCAAAACAUUUCAGUGCUGUUCUCCUAUCAGUACUUACCACCGUCAUCACUCACUCGAUCACUCACUUGAUCACUAACUCACUCUUUCUCUGUGUCUCUCAGUGGACUGCUGGGAUGGACCAGACGGGGAACCUACUAUUCAUCAUGGCUACACCCUGACAUCCAAGAUCCUCUUCAAAGACGUCAUUGAAACCAUUAACAAAUAUGCCUUUACAAGGAAUCAGUAAGUACCUUCAUUUUGUCACCAUAUCCUGCCCAGGUAUAGAUAGCGAUAGCAAACCGUUCAUGGGCAACUCACUGUAUUUUCCAAUAUGUUGUGCCCAUGGAGAUAGUUAGAGGAUGCAACAUUGUAUCCGUCUCAUUCUGCAGUCUGUGAGAGUACAGGGAGUGCCAUUGAGGCCAUCUACAUUUUGAAGUAGUCCAUUUCUUCUACUACUUCUAUGAGUUGGUAAACAAACUGAAUGGGUGCAUACUGCCACCUGGAGUGUGUCGUUUGAACAGGUACAGUGAGGGAAAAAAGUAUUUGAUCCCCUGAUGAUAUUGUACAUUUGCCCACUGACAAAGACAUGAUCAGUCUAUAAUUUUAAUGGUAGGUUUAUUUGAACAGUGAGAGACAGAAUAACAACAAAAACAUCCAGAAAAAUGCAUGUCAAAAUUGUUAUAAAUUGAUUUGCAUUUUAAUGAGGGAAAUAAGUAUUUGACCCCUCUGCAAAACAUGACUUAGUACUUGGUGGCAAAACCCUUGUUGGCAAUCACAGAGGUCAGACGUUUCUUGUAGUUGGCCACCAGGUUUGGACACAUCUCAGGAGGGAUUUUGUUCCACUACUCUUUGCAGAUCUUCUCCAAGUCAUUAAGGUUUCAAGGCUGACGUUUGGCAACUCGAACCUUCAGCUCCCUCCACAGAUUUUCUAUGGGGAUUAAGGUCUGGAGACUGGCUAGGCCACUCCAGGACCUUAAUGUGCUUCUUCUUGAGCCACUCCUUUGUUGCCUUGGCCGUGUGUUUUGGGUCAUUGUCAUGCUGGAAUACCCAUCCACGACCCAUUUUCAAUGCCCUGGCUGAGGGAAGGAGGUUCUCACCCAAGAUUUGACGGUACAUGGCCCCAUCCAUCGUCCCUUUGAUGCGGUGAAGUUGUCCUGUCCCCUUAGCAGAAAAACACCCCCAAAGCAUAAUGCUUCCACCUCCAUGUUUGACGGUGGGGAUGGUGUUCUUGGGGUCAUAGGCAGCAUUCCUCCGCCUCCAAACACGGUGAGUUGAGUUGAUGCCAAAGAGCUCGAUUUUGGUCUCAUCUGACCACAACACUUUCACCCAGUUUUCCUCUGAAUCAUUCAGAUGUUCAUUGGCAAACUUCAGACGGCCCUGUAUAUGUGCUUUCUUGAGCAGGGGGACCUAGCGGGCGCUGCAGGAUUUCAGUCCUUCACGGCAUAGUGUGUUACCAAUUGUUUUCUUCAUGACUAUGAUCCCAGCUGCCUUGAGAUCAUUGACAAGAUCCUCCCAUGUAGUUCUGGGCUGAUUCCUCACCGUUCUCAUGAUCAUUGCAACUCCACGAGGUGAGAUCUUGCAUGGCCCCAGGCCGUUUGAGAUUGACAGUUCUUUUGUCUUUCUUCCAUUUGCGAAUAAUCGCACCAACUGUUGUCACCUUCUCACCAAGCUGGUUGGCGAUGGUCUUGUAGCCCAUUCCAGCCUUGUGUAGGUCUACAAUCUUGUCCCUGACAUCCUUAGAGAGCUCUUUGGUCUUGGCCAUGGUGGAGAGUUUGGAAUCUGAUUGAUUGAUUGCUUCUGUGGACAGGUGUCUUUUAUACAGGUAACAAACUGAGAUUAGGAGCACUCCCUUUAAGAGUGUGCUCCUAAUCUCAGCUCGUUACCUGUAUAAAAGACACCUGGGAGCCAGAAAUCUUUCUGAUUGAGAGGGGGUCAAAUACUUAUUUCCCUCAAUAAAAUGCAAAUCAAUUUAUAACAUUUUUGACAUGCCUUUUUCUGGAUUUUUUUGUUGUUAUUCUGUCUCUCACUUUUCAAAUAAAGCUACCAUUAAAAUUAUAGACUGAUAAUUUCUUUGUCAGUGGGCAAACGUACAAAAUCAUCAGGGGAUCAAAUACUUUUUUCCCUCACUGUAUAAAGCCAAGGUUUGCGAUUUACUGCCACCUGCAGUUGUGGAAUGUUUGCUUAAAAGUACAAUUACAUUUACAUUUUACAUUUUAGUCAUUUAGCAGACGCUCUUAUCCAGAGCGACUUACAGUUAGUGAGUGCAUACAUGUUCUUUUUUUUCCCAUACAUAAUUCAUUGGCUGAUCCCUCCUGAUGACCUGGAUGGAAUUAUGUGAUCCUUCUUUAACCCAUAGGAAGUCCCUCCCAGUUGACUACUUAAAAAUUGUGAAAGUCCUCAAUGGCGCUGCAUGCUAAAACGUGCUUUUGGGCACUAGAGUCCUCUAUCUAUCUCUAUGGUUGUGUCAUAUAUCCCCAGGUACCCAGUGAUCCUAUCCAUAGAGAACCAUUGCACAGUGCCCCAGCAGAAGAAAAUGGCUGAGUAUCUGAUGGAGGUGCUCCAGGACAAGGUGGACCUGUCUACAGUCAAUAUGAAUGAAUUCAGAAAGCUGCCCUCCCCGGAGCUCCGGAAAGGGAAAGUUCUAGUCAAGGUAGAGCAGUCUUUUCUUUGUCAAUUUGUUGUUCAACCAAUGGAAGCACUCAGUCAUUUUCAUAGCGACAAUUUCCAAAUCAUGAAACGUUACCCAAAUAAACACAACAUUACUGAACACCUUCUGUUGAAAUAAUAAGGUAGUAAACAGACUGUUUGUUAUUCAUCAGGGAAAGAAGCUCCCAGCUAACAUUGACGAUGAUGCAGAGGAGGGGGAUGUGUCGGAAGAAGACAGUGAGGAAGAGGAGGAGGAGGAGGAUGAAGAUGACAACCAGAUAAACACAGAUGUAAGACCAUUACUACUGUUUAGGCUAAAAUAGACUAAGGGCAAAAUAUCAAUGUUUUGAGUAAAAAUAUCCCAGGACAUUUGUUAUGUUUCUAAAGCCCCUCUAGGUGGCAUAAUAGCCCAAUGUGAGGCAUCAUUGAGUGUCUCAUUACCGUAAGCCUAGCGGAUGUCUGAAACUUUUUCAGUUCAUGGCUGUUUUGCAGUGGAUGGGAGGGAUCUGGCGGGGACAGGCGGGGAGUGGGGGGCUAUAUCUUAUACCUCAUGAUAUUAUCAGGUGCUCUGUCAUAAGAUGAUGCCGAAGCCAUUGGGUAAUCCAUCAUCCCACAGUGAGAUAGCUGGUGGCUGAUUGAUUGUGUCUGCAGGGAGUCUAGAGUCUUGCCUGGCUACCCAAACUCCUUGCUCCGGCCAAACGCUCCACCACGCCCACAGACGUUAGUUUCUUCUCCGCCAUGAGUCUGGAUCUGAUUACCUCCCAGAUGAUUUCUAGAAUGCAAACCCAUUUUAACUGUUCUGAUUGGUCCCAGAGCCAGAACAUACUUAGGUAAAGCGGCAUUUUGAAAAUGUGCCAUUGGCUUUGAUACUCUGACUGGUUAGAGAUGGUCCAAUCGCUGAUGACUUUGUUUUGUACAACAGCCCAUUUUGACGUCACCACAAACAACAUUAACGAUGGCAGUCUCAGACUGAAGUAUGUAGCUAACAGCAGAAUAAUUCAGUUUGAGUCGUCAGGCAAUCUAGAAUCUGGAAUAUGUUUUACUAUUUCAGGGCAACGCUGCUGGUACUGCAGAUGAGUCCAAACCCAAGAAACACAGGUCUAUCAUGGGCAGCUUCAGACGCAAGGUCAGCUGAUUCUCUCAUACAACUCCCUCCCUCCCUCUCCACCCGGUCUUCGCUUCACCACACCACGCUUUCCAAUCAUGUUUAUGCAAAUUAACAUCUCUCCUCUUCACCAUUCCCUCCAGCAUGCAAAUUAGACUUUCCUCACCAGCAUAAAUGCAAAUCACAAACUCCCUUCACCACCCACCUUUACUAACACUAGUGUGUGAAUGUAGUCAUUAUCAUCAUACACACUCAGAAAAAAACGUACAGAAUUGUAGUUAAAGGGGUACAAACGCUUGUCACUAUAGUGGUACCCUGUAAGGUGCGUCCAUUGUACCAUUAGUUACAGGUACAUAAUUGUACCGUUGCAGUUCGUACCUUAAAAUAGCAUAUAGUGUACCUUAGGGGAGAAGAUAGCACCUUUCUUACAUAUAGUCCACAGGUACAAAACCCCUACAGCCUACAUUUGCUCUCCUGUGUGAUUCCCUGGCAGUGCAAUGCAUCGCUUUGAGAGACAUGUUCUACUGCUCUAACGUCUAUCCAUGUUCUGGUUAUAAUAGAAAUGUCGCCUUCUGGAAGACCCUUGUUGCACUAAACGCUGACUGUUCAUAUCUUGUAUUUAGAGGACAAAGAAGAAGAAAAAGAAUCUAAUGCUCCAUUUAGACGAUGCGGACCAGGAGAACCCCAUCAUGAGAGACAAAACACAAAUUGUGUACCACAGUAAAGCCAAUCGAACGUGACAUACUGUUAUCAAACCAUUUACUUUAACAUUGAAACUGGUGUGUUAGAUUGACCGUUGCAUCCAGCUAUGUCUGCCCAGCCUUGGUGUAGUUGACGAGGUCAGACAGGGCACGGGAUAACCUCAUCAUCUUCUCUUUCCUGAGGGCCAAUAUGCCCUAUGGCCCUCAGGAAAGGGAAGACGAUGAGGUUAUCCCGAGCCCUGUCUGACCUCGUCAACUACACCAAGGCUGUCCAGGUCCAUGACAUUGAAACACAAAGUGGGGAGGAGUAUCCAUAUUCAGACAAAAUCAUUUCUGCCUCAUUCAACAUGCACAGCAAUAUCACAAGUUCUUCCAGCAUGGGAGUCAUUCUACCUCUUGGUUGUCAGUGUGUGUGAACCUGCACGUAUGUGUUUUCUGGUUGGCAGUGUAUAUGACCAGUUGGCUAGUGUCUUCCCUCAAUGAGAGCAUUGUGAACCAGAUCAUGGCGCUGAAGCCAGUUAAUUUGGUGCGCUUCAACCAGAGACAGCUGAUUCGUGUUUACCCCAUCCAACUACCGUGUGGACUCCAGCAACUUCAACCACCCUUCUGGAACACAGGAUGCCAUAUGGAUAAGAGACCCUGCUCAUACAAUACCUUAAAAGUGCUUUGCUUUUUGCAUGCAUUCAACAAGGCAAUUUAGAGGCAAACAUCUAAACCUACUGCCGUGUUCAUACUCCAAAAUGUAUUUCCUGUGGUUUAUCUUAUCUUAUCUUUUCAGUUGCACUGAAUUACCAAACAGAGGGACGCAUGCUUGAACUGAACAGAGCCAAGUUUUCAACAAAUGGCAACUGUGGCUACUUACUGAAGCCCAGGUGCAUGAAUAAAGGUUGGGUACUAUUAGAAAACACAGGUAGCUGCCACUAGCUGUAUAGUUGAGGCCAUAUAGUUACACAAUAAGGCAUGAGGAGGUGUGGUAUAUGGCCAAUAUACCACGUCUAAGGACUGUUCUUAGGCAUAAUGUAAAGCGGAGUGCCUAGAUACAGCCCUUAGCCGUGGUAUAUUGGCCAUACACCACAAACCCCCGAGGUGCCUUAUUUCUAUAAUAAACUGGUUACCAACGUAAUUAGAACAGUAAAACAAAUGUUUUUGUCAUACCCAUAGUAUACGGUCUGAUGUAGCACGGCUUUCAGCCAAUCAGCAUUCAGGGCUCGAACCACCCAGUUUAUAAUUGUCCUUAAAGUAUAUGACCAGUUUAACACUAUAAAUAUACAGCAGUUGAUUCUUGGACUAAGAGUUUGCUGGCUGAAUGUUACCCUCUGUGUUGCUCAGGUUUCUUUAACCCUAGGCUGGAGGACCCUCUGCCAGGACAAAAGAAGACUCAGCUGGUGCUGAAGAUCAUCAGUGGGCAGCAGCUGCCAAAGCCUAAAGACUCAAUGCUGGGGGAUAGAGGGGAGGUGAGACAUAUCUUACAACCUCAAUUGACCUCUUGUAUGUGAGGAGACUACAAGGCAUUUAGUCUUGUCACUUGUGUGUUGUAUGUGAAGAUGUUUCUUCGUUGUUGUUGUUGUUGUAGAUUAUUGAUCCUUUUGUAGAGGUGGAGAUCGUCGGUCUGCCUAUUGUUGCUGUAAGCAGCAGACAAGGGUGGUGGUCGAUAAUGGUGAGCAUUGACUUGACCAACCUUUUACUGCAGUGGGCUAAAUCAGGGUCACACAGUGUUUCUUGGUAGUCUUAAACAACUCUGCUUUGAAACAAAAGUAUACACCUCACACACAUGGUUAAGGGCUUAAAAAAAGAAGACACCUGUACCAUGUCAGCUAUAGUUGAAAAGUAUUCAAUUUUAAGUGUGUAUCCCAAUAUUACACUUUAUAUACAUAACAUAAAACUGAAAUAAUGUAUAAUAAAACUGUUUGAAACACUGGAUUUCAAACAACUUUUUUUAAUUAUGAAAUUAUGACAAAUAUUAAUAACAUUCCACCCAUGAGGCCACUAUGUCAUUUGACUGCAGGAAAGGGAUCUAUCUCUACAGCUAUUUACAGUUGAAGUCUGAAGUUUACAUACAUUUAGGUUGGAGUCAUUAAAACUCGUUUUUCAACCACUCCACAAAUUUCUUGUUAACAAACUAUAGUUUUGGCAAGUCGGUUAGGACAUCUACUUUGUGCAUGACACAAGUAAUUUUUCCAACAAUUGUUUACAGACAGAUUAUUUCACUUAUAAUUCACAGUAUCACAAUUCCAGUGGGUCAGAAGUUUACAUACACUAAGUUGACUGUGCCUUUAAACAGCUUGGAAAAUUCCAGAAAGUGGCUUUAGAAGCUUCUGAUAGGCUAAUUGACAUCAUUUGAGUCAAUUGGAGGUGUACCUGUGGAUGUAUUUCAAGGCCUACCUUCAAACUCAGUGCCUCUUUGCUUGACAUCAUGGGAAAAUCAAAAGAAAUCAGCCAAGACCUCAAAAAAAAAUUUGUAGACCUCCACAAGUCUGGUUCAUCCUUGGGAGCAAUUUCCAAACGCCUGAAGGUACCACGUUCAUCUGUACAAACAAUAGUACGCAAGUAUAAACACCAUGGGAACACGCAGCCGUCAUACUGCUCAGGAAGGAGACGCGUUCUGUCUCCUAGAGAUGAACGUACUUUAGUGCGACAAGUGCAAAUCAAUCCCUGAACAACAGCAAAGGACCUUGUGAAGAUGCUGGAGGAAACAGGUACAAAAGUAUCUAUAUCCACAGUAAAACAAGUCCUAUAUCGAAAUAACCUGAAAGGCCGCUCAGCAAUGAAGAAGCCACUGCUCCAAAACUGAUUUGCAACUGCACAUGGGGACAAAGAUCGUACUUUUUGGAGAAAUGUCCUCUGGUCUGAUGAAACAAAAAUAGAACUGUUUGGCCAUGAUGACCAUCGUUAUGUUUGGAGGAAAAAGGGGGUUGCUUGCAAGUCGAAGAACACCAUCCCAACCAUGAAGCACGGGGUGGCAGCAUCAUGCUGUGGGGGUGCUUUGCUGCAGGGGAACUGAUGCACUUCACAAAAUAGAUGGCAUCAUGAGGAAGGAAGAUUAUGUGGAUAUAUUGAAGCAACAUCUCAAGACAUCAGUCAGGAAGUUAAAGCUUGGUCGCAAAUGGGUCUUCCAAAUGGACAAUGACCCCAAACAUACUUCCAAAGUUGUGGCAAAAUAGCUUAAGGACAACAAAGUCAAGGUAUUGGAGUGGCCAUCACAAAGCCCUGACCUCAAUCCUAUAGAAAAUGUGUGGACAGAACUGAAAAAGCGUGUGCGAGCAAGGAGGCCUACAAACCUGAGUCAGUUACACCAGCUCUGUCAGGAGGAAUGGGCCAAAAUUCACCCAACUUAUUGUGGGAAGCUUGUGGAAGGCUAUCCGAAACGUUUGACCCAAGUUAAGCAAUUUAAAGGCAAAGCUACCAAAUACUAAUUGAGUGUAUGUAAACUUCUGACCCACUGGGAAUGUGAUGAAAUAAAUAAAAGCUUAAAUAAAUAAUUCUCUCUACUAUUAUUCUGACAUUUCACAUUCUUAAAAUAAAGUGGUGAUCCUAACUGACCUAAGACAGGGAAUUUUUACUAGGAUAAAAUGUCAGGAAUUGUGAAAAGCUGAGUUUAAAUGUAUUUGGCUAAGGUGUAUGUAAACUCCCGACUUCAACUGUAUUUUCUGUGUUUUAUUUUAACAAGAUGUUCAUUCAAGUAAGCAUGUUCUAUUACAUUUCUGUUGAAUGAAAAGCACAUCAAAUGUUAUGGAAAUGCAAUUGAAGUUAAUCGUCUGCUUCUUUCUCUGUACCAUUGCAGGGUUCAACCCCAUGUUGGAGGAGACCCUGGUCUUCACCCUUCACAUGUCACAGAUUGCACUGGUGCAUUUCCAGGUGUUUGACCAUGAUCCGAUAGGACAAACCUUCAUUGGACAGAGGACCAUAGCCUUCGUCAGCAUGAUGCCAGGUAAGGCAGCUGGAGAUAUUAUUUAAUGGAGUAAUCAGGUCUCUACUUCAUUAGACAGAAGACAUUUGGAUCGUCAACAUAUCAAGUGUGCCAUCAUCAUGGAUUGCUCUGUUAAAACAAAAUGCAUGUGAAUUUUGGAUUCAUGUGAUAACUGGUUUAUUUUUACGUUAUCUAUUUUUAUUUAUUUAAGGUUAACGCAAUGUAUAUCUUGAGGGCAUGGAGGAGGCCUCCAUCUUUGUUCAUGUUGCUGUAAAUGACAUCACAGGAAAGGUCAACACUGGGCUGGGUAUUACUUUACUUGUAUUACUGUAGUUAAAGAGUAAGGUUUAUAUUUUCUUUAAAUAUAAGUAAAUUCACAACUCACUUUCUCUUGAAUUCAACAGUUGAUGACAGCUUGUCUUGUUUUUUGUCACGUAGGUUAAAUCAAGUAAUGCUGUAAAGGUUUUUUUGAAAAAAGCUACAAAGACAGGGUCAACCAAGGAGCUAAAGACCGUCUCUAUGGACCUCUCCACUUACUCAUCAGAGGACGUUCGUCAGCGGUAAUGUAAGGACCUGGACUCCCAGGAGAGCAGCGGGAACGGCAGCAUGUUACUGACACCUGCAGGCAUAGACUACCUCCACAGAGGGGCUCAGAGCGAACCACUGAAGCGAGCUCACAGGGUGCAAAUUCUGGAGGAGGAAAUCCAGGGUGCCUCUCCGAAGGAGGAGAAAAAGGAGGGGAAAAGGAAGGGCAUCCUCGUCCGCAUAUCCUCCACCAUCCCCAACUCUGGGGCGUCCAUCCCCUGCAUCACAGCAACAAGCCCAGAGCUGGAGGAUGUGUUUCAGUCGUCUCAGCCGCAGAGUCCAGAACCAGAGAGCAAAAUGCAGCCGUUUCAGGCAGCCUGGCCAGAUCUGGAGGACCAGCCUCAGUCUUUCCAUGCAGAUUGGACGAGCCAGGACAACCCAGGCGGGUCUGGCCACUCAGGCAUUUGAGCCUGAGUGGCCAGACCCGCCUGAGAUUGAGGACAGAAAAGGAGAACCAUUGAUAGGCUUUAUCAGUGAACCUGCACCCCAGGCUGUAUCAGAACAUCUGAAUCAGCCCCAACACCACACACAGCUCCAGCCCCAUCCCCAGCUCCACCCCCAACCUCAGUCCUUGCCCCAGCCCCAGGCCCAGUUCCAGUCUCACCCUGAGCCGGACCCGACACCCAUCAUCCUCCCCUGUCAGUCAGACGGACACUGGAGACCCCAGCCAGCCAAUUCCCCUCCAGUACAUUAUGGAUAAAGGCCCACUCUUGCAGUGUUCCACGGAAGCCAUGUCUCGCCACUAACCCCGGCGGUUAACCGCAGGGCUGCUGUGCACUGGCAGCCUCAGACUCCUCCCCCUCACCGCACCCAGAACCAUGGCAGCUAUGGCCACCAGGUGAAGCCUGUACCCAAUGGCCUUUGCCUGUCUGACAGUGACUCCAGCAGUGGUGGCAGUAUAGACAGUCUGAGUCUGGAGCUCCUGCCCUCCCGCGUGCCAGUCGGUGAGCAGAGGGAUGAACACCCUCUUCAACCAGAAGAUAAGGGAGAUCCGCUGUAGAUCGCCACUCUUUUUUGACGGUAAGAGUGACUCUUAUUAUAUUGUCUUAUUGUAUCCCAGCUAGAGAGCAUGCCAGUUUUAAAGAUGUUUUGUUUUGAUUGAGUCACAAAGUAUGUGUUUAGUAGUAAUCUGUACCUGUAUGCUCAGAUCAUUCGACAGUACAAAAUCGAUGUUGAUUGAUGACCUGGAAUGAUCGUAAUGACGAUGUUAUUUGCUGUGUUUUAUUUGCAGAUUACUCCACGUUAUAGUAAUCAGCCACUACAAGAACCACAGCAGUGAGCAGCCUUGGAAUAAACAUAGGAGUACGAAAUACACUCUAAACAUAUAGCAUUAUCUUGUAUGUAUCUAGAUUCUAGAUGUACACUACCGUUCACUUAGAAAUGUCCUUGUUUUCGAAAGAAAAUCCAAUUAACAUCAAAUUGAUCAGAAAUACAGUGUAGACAUUGUUAAUGUUGUACUAAUAGGCGUACAGAGGCCCAUUAUCAGCAACCAUCAGUCCUGUGUUCCAAUGGCACGUUGUGUUUGCUAAUCCUAGUUUAUCAUUUUAAAAGGCUAAUUGAUCAUUAGAAAACCCUUAUGCAAUUAUGUUAGCACAUCUGAAAACGGUUGUGCUGAUUAAAGAAGCAAUAAAACUGGCCUUCUUGAGACUAGUUGAGUAUCUGGAGCAUCAGCAAUUGUGGGUUCGAUCACAGAAUCAAAAUGGCCAGAAACAAAUAACUUUCUUCUGAAACUCAUCAGUCUAUUCUUGUUCUGAGAUAUGAAGGGUAUUCCAUUCGAGAAAUAGCCAAGAAACUGAAGAUCUCGUACAACGCUGUGUACUACUUUCUUCACAGAACAGCGCAAACUGGCUCUAACCAGAAUAGAGGACUGAUGGUUGCUGAUAAUGGGCCUCUGUACGCCUAUGUAGAUAUUCCAUUAAAAAUCAGCCGUUUCCAGCUACAAUAGCCAUUUACAACAUUAACAAUGUCUACACUGAAUUUCUGAUCAAUUUGAUGUUCUUUUAAUGGACCAAAAAAAGUAUUUUCUUUCGAAAACAAGGACAUUUCUAAGUGACCCCAAACUUUUGAAUGGUAAUGUAUUUACAAAAUGUACCACCGUGGUCUGUACUGUCAGCUACACAAGCAGGAUCAUUACAGGUGCAUCGAAGUUUUCAUCUCCACAUCUUGAGACCAAACAAGUUCAUUAGUAUAAGGUAAUCACCUACUUUUUGAUGUGGGUAUUUUGAUUUUGCAUCAAGAUGCAUGUAUUGUAAAUAGAAUGUAUUACCAAAGUGGUAAAUAGUUCUAAAUGAAAGAGAAUGGAACAUACGUUCAUUAUUGGACUGGUUUUAUUGAAAGAUGUGCCGUAUUACAUCACCAUCAUUCUAUGACAUAAUGCUUUUUUAUGUAUUUUGAGUUCUAUAGUAACUAAAAAAUUAACUAACGGUUUUAUCGUUUCGAAAGGAAUGUGCAAAAUAUGUGCUGCCAAUUGUACAAAAACAGUUAAGUAUACAUAGUGUCUACAAUAUGUAAAUGUCUAAUCUACUUUGAAACAAAUGUACUGCUUCAUUUAAUUAAUAGCAGUAAUCUGUUGUUCUCAGUAUUUGUUCCGAACCAAAGUCCUCCCGAGUGGCGCAGUGGUCUAAGACACUGCAUCGCAGUGCUAGCUGUGCCACUAGAGAUCCUGGUUUGAAUCCAGGCUCUGUCGUAGCCGGCCGCGACCGGGAGACCCAUGGGGCGGCACACAAUUGGCCCAGCGUUGUCCAGGGUAGGGGAGGGAAUGGCCGGCAGGGAUGUAGCUCAGUUGGUAGAGCAUGGCGUUUGCAACGCCAGGGUUGUGGGUUCAUUUCCCACGGGGGGCCAGUAUGAAAAAUAAAAAAUAAUGUAUGCACUUACUAACUGUAAGUCGCUCUGGAUAAGAGCGACUGCUAAAUGACGUAAAUGUAAAAAAAAGUACUGAAAUGUAAACUCUUUGAAACUGAGGAUUUUUCAUAAUUUACAGAUGACUUGACUUGGAUCUUCAUGUUUAAUUUCUAUUUUUGCACUUCCCUUAAAUAUUUCUAAAUCAGUACACAUUACAUGUUUUGUAACAGUAAAUAUACGUGUUGGUUUUCUCAGUAAAAUGCUCUGCUAUCAGAUAUUUAUUUUUAAACAUAAUACUUUAGUAGUAUUGUUAAUUGACUUCAGUAUGUUAUGUAUCACUGUUAAUUAACAUAUAUCAUGUAACAGUCUGGAAGCCCUUCUGAUACACUCUGUCUCACUGUGCUAGAUAGUAUUGAAAAUUCAAAUAAGUAUACAGGCCAUGACUCAUGUCAAGACCUGCAUAGAGACAUUUGCUUUGUUAGGCCGUAUAUAUUAGCGUAUACUAUCAUGUCUCCUCAUGCGUUUUCUUUGUCUGCGGUUUCCUCGCUUCUCUUCUCAUUGGUGGUGGUGGUCCUCAAACGCUGACUCAGUUCUUCAGACAACACUGUGCAACAUGAUUUCUGUGGGGAGAAAAUUGUAUGGAUAUUUAGAGAGAUCUUGACCAGGAUAUCUGCUUAUCCAUCCAUAUGAAAUAUUCACACAAUGCACCACUGUUAAACCAACAGUGACUAGCUCACCCUCUGCUCCCCAGCACUGCUCCGGGACUUGGCGGUGAGCUCCAGGACAGCCAGCAGCACCCCCAGCCCCAGCCCCAGGGCCAGCACCAGGAACAUGCCCUUCAGGCUGUGGGGCUGCAGGGGGGAGGCCUUGGCUGGGUCUGCCAUGCAGCUGCUGGCCCACCACUUACUGCGCAGGUAGGCCAACUCCCCUGCCUCACUCAGCUGCAGGAUGGCCACACUCAGGUUCUUCAGCAUGGGAGAGCCUGGAUGACACAAACAGUACAAUUUGCAAGUUAUCUGGCUUGUCAUAUGGUCAUAAGAUCAGCCAUAAGCCAAUAUUUGGAUCGCAUGACUAUCUGGGUGCCUUGCUAUUUUGAUUACAGGAACUGUUUUUAGAAGUUUCAGUCAAUAUGUGUUGCAUGAGAUCUUACUAUCGGCCUAGACUACAUGGCUCACCCAGGGUGCCUGCGAUGCUGUACCCUCUCAUGCCGAUGACCUCAUGGACACGGAUCAGCUCACAGUGACGUGCCACCGCCAAGUCCAGUGACACAGACUCGCCAAUGAAGGCAAAGUUGCCCUCCUUUGCCCGGCGAACACCCUCAUCCAUUGACAACACAAAACUCUUGGUUCUUUCCAUGUGCUCAUAGAUCCUGCGGUAGGUUGGGUUGUUAGAGUUCUACACCAAGGAAAAUAAAAACCAUGGACAGAGAGGAAGAGAAAGUCAGUAUGCUGCUGAGAGAACUGACAGAAUUGAGACACUGACACGUGAGCCUAAUUCCUUUGAGCGCAAAGAGUGAAGGGAAAAAGAGGGGUAUAGGAGGGGAUGGGGUGCACUGGCCUCACCUUGAAGAAGGCAAGCGUAGAGGAGCUAGACAGGGUCCCAUACUCAAUCCCUUGCUGGUUGGCCAAGUCCUCAAACCCUUUCACCAUCAGUGAAUUGGAGUCUGAGCCCUGAGAGGUGCUGAGGUUGGAGAAAUAGCAGGCCAAGAGGACCAGACCAAACAACCACCAGGUGCAGCAGAUGAUGCGUCCUGAUAAAGCUUUGGGGUGUGGACCGGCACCUGAGAAUAAGAUAAAAGAAUACUAAAUCAGAACACCAGACAACAGACCCAUAUAAAGCUCUUGUGUUGUACUGGUGUGGGUAAGCUAUUGGUUGAAAUGCCUGGUUAAAUCCCUGUUAGUUACCCUGUAGAGUGAGGGCUCCAGCGGUGUACCACAGACUAUGGCUGAGAGUGAAGCUGUUUUUCUCAGUCUGGGGUUGACUCCACUCACAUGGGCUGAGUCUGUGUUGAAAAAGUUUUGUGUAACAGUCUUUAAAUUCUACUUGUAAAAGGCUCCUGUCAGGCACACGAUAAAUGUAUUUUCUGAUGAAACUUCAUCAUAAUAACAACUCACCUGGCUACUACACAGAUGCAGAUAGCAGUCCCCAGGUAUGCAACGAGGAUCCCCACCCAGGUCUCUACUGAGAAGGGAGUCAGGAAGUCAAAGAAACCAGCCUCUACUGAGAUGUCUUUCCUCAGGAGAAUACUGAUGCCUGUCUGCAUGAAGGGUUUGGUCAUCCCCACAGCCUUCUCCCGGGCAGCAGUGAGGGUCAAAGGAGCAAUCGCUAGGUCUGCCUCCUACAGGGAUAAGAAUAUAUAUUCAUAUUUUAUAGACUAGCACAUGUUAUACAUUUGCUUUUUAUCUGCAUUAACAACAUCACACAUGGUUAUAGUCACAUCUGUACAGUAUCAAUCAUAAGCAGAUGUGUAAGUAGAUUUUCUGCACUGUAAUCACUUAUCUAUGAACUUGUGAGCUUUCCUCACCCCUCUCACCACCUCUCCAAUCAUCCCAUUCCAGGCCCCACUCUCAUCCUGCCUGCCAUAGGACCCAUCUUUCACCAGGUGCACAUUGUAUUUGAAGCCCAGUUUCUUGGCCAGUUCAGACAGCAGGUCCAUGCAGUACCCUUCCAGCUGUGA